AUGGCCGGUGAACAGCUCCUCCCUCAAUACAAUAAGUACAGCUGCCGGACCGAGUCAUGGCCGGUGAGAAGCCCCUUCCUCAAUGCAAUAAGUACAGCUGCCGGCCGUAACGAACUUAUAGCGAGAUAUAUCAAAUUGAGGACAGGAAAAACAAGAACGAGGAAACAAGUGAGUUCACAUAUACAGGUUCUGGCGAGGCGAAAACUACGAGAAAUACAGGCUAAACUGAAAGUUGAUCACGUGGCCAAAGAGAAGGCACUCCAGACGAUGUCGAGCAUGUCGAGUGCACAGAUAGUAUCAGCUACUACCGCAAUACACAGCAAGUCAGCUGGUCUGAAUAUCGGUCUAUCUCAUAACCCUGUUACCUAUCCCGGAGCGUUCUGGCAACCUGGAUUACAGCCUGGAACCUCUCAAGAUGUCAAACCCUUCGCCCAGGCAGCUUACCCGGCAGGAAAACCGGCAACUGCCGUUUCGGCUGGCGACGUGGGAGCCUUACAGACCGCCCCUCCUCCUGUUUGGGAAGGAAGAGCCAUCGCCACUCACAAACUGAGGCUAGUAGAAUUUUCUGCGUUCAUGGAAUCGCAAAACAGAGAAGAAGCAUAUCAGAAACACCUGUUUGUACACAUAGGUGGACCAGCGUUAUCUUAUACAGACCCCCUUUUGGAAGCGGUCGACGUCCGGCAGAUAUACGACAAAUUUCCCGAGAAGAAAGGUGGUCUCAAAGAGCUGUAUGAUAAAGGGCCGCAGAACGCCUUCUUUCUCGUCAAAUUUUGGGCUGACCUCAACUCCAAUCUUCUAGACGAAGCAGGAGCUUUCUAUGGUGUCACCAGCUCGUACGAAAGUAAUGACAAUAUGACGAUAACGUGUUCGACGAAAGUAUGUUCUUUCGGCAAACAGGUUGUAGAAAAAGUUGAAACCGAAUACGCCCGUUACGAGAACGGAAGAUUUGUAUAUAGAAUACAUCGGAGUCCGAUGUGCGAAUACAUGAUAAACUUCAUCCACAAACUGAAACACCUACCUGAAAAGUAUAUGAUGAAUAGUGUUUUGGAAAACUUUACAAUCCUUCAGGUUGUGAGCAAUAGAGACACUCAAGAAACCCUCUUAUGUACAGCCUACGUAUUCGAGGUGUCGACAUCAGAGCACGGAGCGCAGCACCACAUCUACAGGCUCGUGAAAGACUAGCGGGUUAUCGGUGAAACCUUAACCUACCACUUCAGUGCCUACACUCUCACAAUACUAGUAUUAUUAUUGGUUACAUACUCCUUAAGUAAGUAGCUAGAUGAAAACAAUACGAAUUGCCAUUUGAAGAAGGUAUCUAAAGCUACUUUUAAAAUCUUGGGAUCAUCUCGAGUUCAAAUCAAUCCGGUUAUUUUUCAGCUCCGCUCGUUCUGAUUAAAUCUACAUAGUUUGUUUCUAUAUAUAAUAGUUUUUAUUUUAUCCGCAGCGUACUUCUAGUUUUGUAGUUUUUUUCCCUAAUUUGCCAGGUUGUUCAGUUGGAUACUUAUCUUUUGUUUUUUCCGUUUGGAAACGAUACGGCCCAGUUAUAAUUUUGGUAGGUCUUGCCCGCUUCUUUAUUUUGUACAAAACUUCCAAAUAUUUAUUGUUCUCGUUUUGGGACUUACUCUGCGGCAUCUCCAAGUGCGUGGCAGGCUCGGCACAAAGUGGCCCGUAGAUCAGCAGAAACUAUUUAUUGUAAAAAAAAGUCAAGAUUGAUUUGAUCUAUGCUCCACUUUUCGUAUCAUGAAUUUUUUUACUUAGAUUAAUUUAAGUUAGAGUUUGCUAUUUGUGAUGAUAAUUUUUAACAGUUUUAUAUAUACAUAUAUAGAUAGAUAUACAUACUUAGAUUUCUAUUCGAUUUUUUCGAGAAUAAAAUACCCAGUAUUUUA